AUGACUAAAUUUCUCUUCACAACAUUCAUAUUUUUGGUGGCUUUCAACUUGGCUCCAUCAGCCUAUGGAGAGAAACUGGUGCCUUGUUACUUCGUAUUCGGAGACUCCCUUGUUGAUAAUGGAAACAACAACGAUCGCAACACUGUUGCAAAAGCCAACUUCCUUCCGUACGGGAUCGAUUUUCCCAAAGGACCAACCGGUAGAUUUACAAAUGGUCGUAACGUUGCAGAUUUCAUAGCCGAGGCUUUAGGCUUCCCCGAUAGCAUCCCAUCCUUCGCAACGGCUAAGGGAAGCGACGUUGUUGUAAACGGUACAAACUAUGCAUCGGGAUCAGCAGGGAUUCUUAGUACAACUGGAAAACAAUUUGGUGAUAUAAUAAGCCUGGAUGAGCAAUUGCAGAAUCAUCAAACUACAAUAGCUAAAGCCACUUCUGUAUUUGGAAGUGAUGAUGCUGCCAAGGAUCAUCUCGCGCGGUGCAUAUACUAUGUCGGGAUGGGGAGCAACGACUACGCGGCCUACAGUUUGAACCCAAUCAAGCCUACCCCGGACAUGUACGCGUCGCUACUAAUUGAUACCUAUUCGCGUCAGCUAAGGACAUUGUACGGGUACGGAGCGAGAAGGGUGGCCGUUGCUGGACUUGGAACAAUAGGGUGCGUUCCGGCCGGGGGGAUCAUGAGUGGGGCGUUAUGUCUGCCGGCAACUCAAUUGACGUCCGGUGUUUUUAACACGAAGUUGAAAGCGCUAGUCACUGCUCUUAAUCAAGAUUUAGCUGGUGCCAAGUUUACAUUUAUUGACACAUAUGGGAUUGCAGCAUCUGAGAUUUCAAGUUUCAGGUAUCCGAAUUCGGAAUGCUGCAAGACGGCUCUAGGAGGCAUAUGCAUUCCACAAGGUGUGACUUGUCCGGACAGAGCAGAUUUCAUAUACUUUGAUGGGUAUCACCCGACGGAGGCUGCAGCCGCGGCCUUGGCAAAGCGAGCGUUUGUGGCUAGCUCGCCUUCCGAUGCUUCUCCCUUUGAUAUUCAAACCCUCACCCUUAAUGAAUUGUAA